AUGCUUUUGUUAUCAGUCACCUCACGGGCCCUUACUCUACGAGAAGCGCCCACGCCGCCUUCAAGCGCCCGCACGCCGCAGCCAAGGGGCACCGGGAACCCCAACGGCCUCUUCGGUGGGAGACCGGGGGCGAACCGCGAAGGGAGGGGGCAGGCCGGCCACACCGGCCCCGGGAGCAUGUUAAUGUGCCGAGGGAAGGCAAUGCAGGAUUUUAAAGGCCCAGAUUGUCGCUUUGUAAAUUUUAAGAAGGGAGAAGCAGUGUACGUAUAUUAUAAACUAAUAGGAAAAUCAACCGAGCUUUGGGCUGGAAGUGUUGGAAGAGAUUUUGGAUAUUUUCCAAAGGAUUUACUUGAAAUAAAUCACAAUUAUUCCAACGAGGAGCUAGAAUUACCAACAGAUGAAACAGACUUUGUUUGCUUUGAUGGCGGAAGGGAUGAUUUUGAUAAUUAUAAUGUGGAUGAGCUUUUGAAGUCAUUGCAAGAGACAAUAUCAAAUGAAGAGGAAACUGAAUCAAGUGAUCCAGGGACAAAGCCAGCUGAAGGAAUUGAAAGGGAUGAGGAGAUUGGACAGGUUGAUACAGUAAAGUCCCCUGAUGCUUUGGAGACAGACAAUCUUGAGAUGACAAGCACACGAGAUGUCAAGGAAGCCCUCUCCAUGACAGAGGAAGUAGACAGUUCUCUUACAGAAGGAACUGAAAAUACUGGGGGAGACUCCAGUGUCAGUAGUCACAAAGAAAAUUCUCAGGGAGAUCAAAUUGCACACGAGCACUUGAAAGGAAUGCUACACGGGAAACUAAAAGGGCUAGAAAGUGAAAAUACCAAAAACACUAGUAUUCCUCAGGGUGAAACCAGUCAACUUGACACAGAGAAUGAAGAAGUCAAUGCCUAUACGCUCUUAAACAGAGAACUCUCUAUGAACUUGAAAACAAAAUUUGGCUCAACUGCUGAUGCUGUUGUAUCAGAUGAUGAGGUGACUCGCCUUGUUACAUCACUGGAAGAUGAUUUUAAUGAAGAUUUGAGUGUUAAUGCUCAUGAUGCAGAUGAGGAGCCAGACUUUGCAGAUCAGUCUGAAGAAAUUCCUUUGCUGUCUUUUAUGGCAGAGGACAAAAUUACAUCCCCAGCGGAUUUAGAAGAUGAUGAAAACGAUGACAUUGACUCACAAAAUUAUGAACUUGAUGAAGAUGCAGAGGGUGCUACAGAGCUAAAUAACCAAAGAGACUAUGAGGAAGAACCUGAUUCAGAUGCAUUAUUUCUUAAGGAUGCCUUAAGUAAGAGUGACAAGUCGGCUGACAGCAUAAGUGUGGACAGGUCCAAAUCUAAACAAAUAGAAGAGAAACAGGAUGAAGUGAUGCUAAUUAGCAAAAGAGAAGCACCAGCAACAACUCAACCUGAGGAUCUCUCCAAAGAACCACUUAGAAAGGAACCUGUAGGUACAGGUGGUCUGGAUUCAAAAGAAAAAACAAACAAAACUGAACAGUUUAAAGAGCAGCUUCCAGCUGAUGGAACUGAGUCCCUUACUGAAGAGCUGAAGAGCACAACUGCGCCUGAUCCUCAUGUUUUGCCUAGUCCAGGAGGUAAUCUGGAGUCCAAAUCAUUUGUUAAAAGUAAGCAAGAUGCUUUAAAACCAUCUCUCGGUGAUAUCAACCAAAGCCCAGAAAGAGCACCACUUUCUCAAAUAGAGAAAGAUGAGAAAAACUUUGAGGAUGACACCUUGGAAGAGGUCUUGGAAAGUGAUUUAAAGCACAAAAAGCUAUGGGAGAAACCAAAGGAGAAAGGAAGAGCUGAGAACAAGCCCUCUGUUGAUGUUCCAGCCAAACCAGUGGAAGAGGCAAAAAAUGCAUCUCAGAGUGACUUAGGAGAUACUGACCUCUUGAAAGAGAAGCUAGAGCGUGGAAUGCCCACUGUGGAGAAAGAAAUUCUAAGACAUGAAGAUUUGAAACAAACAGAGGAGACCGAUCAUGAAAAUCAAAAAACCACCUCUCUUAACAAAGAACCUGAAAUAAAAAUGAGAAACAUGAAAGAAACCCCUGCAGGGGAGGGAGACCCAAGCCAUAGAGGAGCUGUUGAGCAACCUAGGCCAUGGGAAAAUGAGACUGAGUAUUCAGAGGCAGAUAUGAUAGAAGAGCUUUCAAGAAAUCUUGGCAAGAUGACAGUAUUUGAAGAAAGCAUUGAGAGAAGUUCCCCUGAAGAAAAAUCCAAAAGCACUACACAGAAUACUAAUACAGACAGUCUUACUCAGCAAGGAACUGCUCGUACUGAGGAUGCAGAUUCAGACAGAAAUCUUGGCACAAAUUUAGCUAAAGGAAGAACACUACGAUCAGAACUGCAAUCUGAAGAGCCAGAUGCUGAAGACGACCCUGACCUGAAACAAAUAGAGGAAGAGCUACUGGAAGAUGAGAAUGCUGCAAGUGCACAGUUGUCACAAGCAAGGGCUGCAAAUGUACAGGGUGAUACACCAAAUGUUAGAAGUAAAAACCCUGAACUAGGUAAAGCUGUUCUGAGAACAGGAAAUCCUACUUUCAAAGCAGGAGAGGAAACAAACUCAUUUUCUAAGGAGACUAAAAAGACUAUCACCAUGCAAGACGCAAGUAAGACUGGGAACAAAGAGGUUGAUGUACCAGUGAGUGAAGAUGCUAAAUUGGAUGAGAUGGAACAUGUCACAGAAGAUUAUGAGUCUUCUGAAGCUGAGGAACCAUCAGCUGUGGCAGAACAUAGCUUCCAGUCUCCUGACACAGAAGACAGCAAUGACUUUACUCAAAGGAAAGACCAUUUCCCAGAGGGUAUUUCGCAGAAGGACUCAGAAGACGUGCAAAAUUUAGAGCAUGUAAGAAAUGAUCACCAGCAAUCCGCACAUCUCCCCAGCCCUGCUGACAGCUCAGCAGCCACAAGUGACACUGUAACAGACUUCAGUGAGUCUGUGAAGCGGCUCACAAUAAUGAGAGAUUUUCUCGAUGAAAAGCGUGUAAUACGUCUACAAAAGUACCUUGGGCUUCAACACAUGUUUAGGUUAGAAGCCAUGUUUCAUGACAUGAAGGUAGAGAUGGAACUUGCUCGGAAGGCAAGCCAUAAUAAUGAGGAUAUAGAAAAAGCUUUGGACCUGAUUCUUGAGUUUUCAGAAUCAAGCAUUAUGGAUGUUGUAGGAAAAAUUCUGGAUUCCAAAGUGGCAGAAAAUAAAGAGGAGGUGGUGAAAGAGAUGGAUUUGUAUGAUGAGGAGAGCGCACUGAUGGAUGAUAUUCAAGAAUUAAUGUAUUCUUUAAGGAGUAAAUAUUCAUCUGCCGGUGAGAGUGUCCCACUGGCAUCUUUUCCAGAACAGGAAGAUGAUCAGUUGCAUGUUCAAGAUGGUGCAAAAGAGGCUGAAUAUGACACGGUUUCCAUCAUUAAUGCCGUUGAUGAGAUCAAUCAGGAAUUUCAGCAGCUUGAAGAUAAGAGGCCAGAACAGCUUACUGAGGAGGAGGAAGAGAGGGCUGUUGAUGUUCCACCUGAACAUGAAGAGGCCAACUUCUCCCCUGAAGAAGGGUAUGAUAGUGAAAGAGGAUUGCUUCUGGAAGAUAUUUCCUUUGGGUCAAUUGAUUCAGGACAAAGUGCCAGGGAAGAUAUUGCUGCAGUUGUUAAUGCUGUCGGUUUUCAGUUGGUUGCUACCCUGCCUGAGGAAAUGCGUCCUGGGCCCGAUUUCCAUGGACUUCCAUGGGAGCCUGUUAUUAUCACUGCCUUAGUGGGAAUUGCCACGCUUGCUAUAAUUUUCUGGAGAACCUGCCUUUCAGUAAAGAGUAGAAUAUAUCAAGUGACUGAAAAGCAACUUGCUGAAAAGAUUAAAAACCUUCUGCAAGAAAAAACAGAAAUCUUAGAAAAGAUGUCAGAAUAUGAUCAAAAGAUAAAGGAAGCAAAAGAAUCUGUGAAAGUGGCUCAAGAGCAAAAAGACAUUCUCUCUGAUGAAACUGCAGGGCUUAAGGACACUGUCAAAGGACUGGAAGAAGCAAAUCGUCAGCUAGAUGACAAAGUAAAAAAUCUGCACACAAUGCUUGAAACAGAGAGAAAAAAGAAUGACAAGAAACAGAACAAGAUCUCUGAAACCCAGAAGUCCUUGGAGAAACUUCAGGAGGCUAUCAGUGUGCAUUCUGUAGAGCUUUCAGAGGUGCAGAUAGCCCUUAAUGAAGCUAAACUAAAUGAAGAAAAGGUGAAAUCUGAGCUUCAUCAUGUGCAGGAAGAGAAUGCUAGGCUGAAAAAGAGCAAGGAGCAACUGCUAAAAGAAGCUGAAGGUUGGAGCGAGAGGCAUACUGAGCUCAGUGAGCAGAUCAAACUGUAUCAGAAAUCUCAGAAGGACAUAGAAGAAGCACUUGCCUACAAGGAAAAUGAAAUUGAAGUUUUGACUAACUGCAUUAUGCAGCUGAAGCAGCUUGACAUGGAUUCAUCAGCUGAGGCCAAGAAGGAUGGCGAAGGGCGUGAGUGGAGCACAGGAGACGAUUUGGCCAAUGGCGAGUUGCCAGAUAAUGAGAGUGAGAAGAUGAAGACUCAGAUUAAGCAGAUGAUGGAUGUCUCCAGGGUAAAAACUAUGUUAUCCAUAGUUGAAGAAGACAGAAAUCUUCUGCAAUCCAAACUGAGUGAUGAAGUAACAGCAAGACAUGAGCUGGAAGAGCAAAUAAAAAAGUUAGAACACGACUCCUGUUCACUCCAGUCAGCCAAAGCUCGACUGGAAAAUGAAUGCAAAACCCUACAGCAGAAAGUGGAGAUUCUUGGUGAACUUUACCAGCAGAAGGAGAUGGCGCUCCAGAAAAAACUAACCCAGGAAGAGUAUGAGCGUCAGGAGAAGGAGCAGAAAUUGUCUGCUGCAGAUGAAAAAGCUGUACUGGCCAUCGAGGAAGUGAAAGUUUACAAGCAAAGGAUCCAAGAUAUGGAAGAAGAAUUGCAAAAAACAGAGAGAUCUUACAAAAACCAGAUUGCUGCUCAUGAGAAAAAGGCACAUGACAAUUGGCUUAUUGCCCGCUCUGCUGAGAGAGCUCUGGCUGAAGAAAAAAGAGAAGCAGCCAACCUGAGACAAAAAUUGAUAGAAGUAAACCAAAAAAUUGUCAUGCUUCAGAGACCAUUAAUUGUAAAGCCAACUCCAGGCAGACCUGAUCGCCAAGUUCCACCGCGACGAGGGCCCUUAAGCAGAGAUGGCUCUUUUGGCCCAUCACCUGUGAGUGGAGGAAAUCCAUCACCUACGCAGAUGAUAGAAGUUCCUGCUCGGCCCCUUUCUGCUCCUCGAAGGGAAGGCUCGAGAAGUGAAUUUGGUACAGUGGUAGAUGGCCCCCCUGUUCCACGAAGGCCGCCAGAGUUACCUGGAAGGAUGUCUGUUCCUGAUCUUGGGCCUGCUGUAGCAUCCCUGAUCAGUAGUGGGCCAAGAACCACCUCCCCUUCCACAGCAAUGGAUGGAGUGCAACCCUCUCCCAAAGAGUCUGAAGCCCUCUGUGUAACUACUGAUUCACCUUCAUCUAUUGAACCAGCUACAGCUAAUGCUAGUCCCAAAGGCCCGCCUUCUUUCCCGGGGACACCCAUCAUGACCUCCCCUGUGAUGGGGCCGCCGCCUCCGCCGCCUGUUCGCUACGGACCGUCGCCAGCUCCUCUCCGUGGGCACUUCGGGCCUCGACCUCUUCCUGUGCCCCUAGUUCGUGGUCCUCCCUUGCCACCUCCAGCUGCAAGAGAUUUCUUACCUGGCCCACCCUUAGGAAUGAGAGAUCUGCCUCCUGGCCCGCUACCACCUCCUCCAGAUCCAAGAGGCUACGGACGUGGGCACCCUCCUUUUCGACCCCUUGGUCCUCCUGGCCCAAGAGAUUAUCCUCCAGGCCCUCGGCUACCCCCACCUGCUUCAAGAGACUAUACGCCUUCUCCCAGCAGAGACUUGCCACCGUCGGGACCUAGAGACUACCCGGCAGGGCCCCCCCAGCCCGCACCCGCGGGCCCAAAGGACUACACACAGCCUCCCGUGCAGAAACCCUGACUGCAGCCUCGGGUCAGCAGCUCAACCCAGUGGACUCUAGCGCACUUCCUGCAGUCAGGAUUUUAGGAAAUGGCUCUCUACGUGAAGCCAUUCGUCUCAUUUCAGUAUAUUUCAGCUUUUGCAGGAUUAAUUUUUAUCCAAUUGCUACAGACGUCUUAUGUGCAUUUAUGAUCACCUUAAACUCAUCCAUCCUCUUGGGCUGCAAGAACCAUUUUGUGAUGGGACUUGAACCUACUCUAAACGUGCAAUAGAAAGGAAGUACCUGUGUGGCUAGUUUUAAUUAAAUGUAGCCUCUGUAACCAGUUGGUGAAUGAACUAAUUCCGUGAAAAAUGUAAAUCAAAUCAUUUCCUGUGGAAAUAAUUUUUGAGUAAAAUGCUCUCCUACCUGCCUUCUCCAUCACAUCAUUAAGCUGCAGUUAUUGUAGGCCAGGGGUUUACAUGAGGACUGUGAGGUGGUUUGUUUUUUUAAAAAAGAUGCCUGGUCAGAGAUCAGAAGCACAAAUGACACUGUAUUCAAAGGAAGGUUAUAAUAAAAAGCAAAAUUCCUUUUGCUAAACCCUGAA